AUGAAGUUUUUUAUUUUUUUAUUAAAUAUACGAUAAAAUAAAAAGAUAAACAAAUUAAAAUCAAGUACAGAAGAUAGAGAAAAGGCUUUAAUUGAAAGUGAAAAAAUGCUAAAAUAGGAUAAUGAUAAGUUUUAGAGAUAUUUAGAAUAAAAUAAAUAAUAAAAAGUUGAUGCAGAAUAAAAGGCUGACGAAUAAAAUAAAUAAAAAAAAUAAAAAGAAAUAUUAAUUAAAGAGAUAAACUCUAAAUUAACUUCUAUUAAGGCUGAUAUUUCUAAAAGUGACGAAUUACUUCUAAAUUAUAAAGAACAUAAAGAAUUUUUAGAUAAACUAGUUCCUAAAGUAUUUUUUAAAAAUUAUUUUAGAUUCUAAUUUUUAUUUUUUAAGGAAUGGGAAGAAGAAAGGAAUAAAAAAAGGUAAGAAUUUAUUUAAAAUUUAAAGUAAUAAUGGAUUAAUAAAAGAUUAGAAAACAUUUAAGAAUUUAAUGAUAAUUACCCUAUGUAUUUUAAUAAUCAUAAUUAAUUAAUUGAACUGUUUAAUGAAUUUGAAGAAAAGAAUUUAUUUUUAAUUUAAAUGAAAUAAGAAGAUGAAUCUGCUUUAGAUGAAAUAAAACUUAAAUUUUAACAGGAUAAACAAGUAAAUAUUAUUUUAUUUUAAUAAAUAUUUAUUAUUAAAUAAAGAACUUAAACAACUAAUUUAAAAAUUUAAAUUCAUAAAAAGAAUAAAUAAAAAAAUAAAUUGAUGAAAUAAAUAGUAGUAUAAAGCAUAUUAAAUAAACAAAUGAAGAGAAUUAUAAUUAAAUAGUAGUAAAAAAUGAAGGAAAAAUGA